AUGACAAUUUUAUCACUGGCCGUUGGAGAUGUUUUCGUGGCUCUGUUUCCAAUGGUUGUAUUCACAAGAAUUUGGUUCGGAGAUUACGGCACAGAAAAAGAAAUCUAUGACACCAAUUUAUUUUACACUUCAAAGAUUUAUCAGGCAUAUCUAAUCACCUUCGUGUACGGAUUAGGAUUAAUGGUGUUAGGAUUAGAAAUGGAUCUACACCACAGGAUCUCUAGCUUAAGUAAAAACUCAAAAAUCAUUUGUUCCAUGAUGGCCAGCUGUGCUCCAUGGAUACUUGGACUUAGCAUUAUCUUACCUCUUGGUUUGGCUAACAUAGGUGUUGAGGCUUGGAGAUUCGCUAAUAGCACGUAUGCAAUCAAAGUUUUGCUGGUAAUCGGAAUCAUCCUGCCAGCGUGUGGAGCUGUCAUGACGUCUUUGAUGACCUCUAUUCUUGUCAUUAACUGUACACCAAGAGCCCCGGGCCAACGAACGGUGAGCAACGAACCACAGGUCAUUGUGACCUUACAGUCGGACAGCACGGCUGGUAUGAAUGCUCCGAUCGUCAAACAGAAAGAACUGAUUCCAACAGCGCCGGGAAAUCCAUCUCAACAACCCGUGAUGGCUGUCGUUCCAAAUUUUAUUGAACAAGAAAAGGAUCCUAACGCUCAACAAACAUUUCUACGGCUUAACAUUCCCCCAACAACACAGCGUUGUGCAAUACCUGCUCAACCAAACGACACACCUGACUAUAAGCAUCCCGGUAAUGGCGCAAGUUUCACUACUUCAAUGACACCCGUGGUGAAGUCAGUGGAAGAUAAGCCCAAAUCAACGCAGAGACCGGCGAGGCUUAUGCUCAUCUCGGUCGUCUACUUCAUCUUAGUUUCACCUUUUGCAAUAUUCAGCCUCGGGAUCAAUCUGAACCUAAACAGCUUAGGCCUGCCUUUCGGGGAGGUACCUGAUAUAAUGUACAUAGUGUACUGGCUCAGUGUCAUGAGGUCUGCUGUUACGCCACUUAUAGUGUACGGCUAUUCAGAUGACUAA